ACCAAAGCUGGAUCAUUUGGCCACCAUGGACAGCAACAGCACGCCUUGGAGCUCCGACUCUGCUCCUUUAUCCAUCCACACCGAGGUGGUGACUGUAGCCCCCACCGUGUUCCCUCGGGUGGGCUACAGCAUACUUUCUUUCCUCAUGUUCAUCAACACACUGCUGUCAGUUUUUAACAACGGUCUUGUCAUAAUCGUGAUGCUGAGGAACCCGUCUCUGCUCCAUCCUAUGAACGUCUUCAUCUUCAGCCUCGCCGUGUCCGACCUCAUGAUUGGCCUUUGCGGCUCCCUGGUCGUCACCAUUACAAACUACCAAGGCUCUUUCUUCAUUGGACACACGGCCUGUGUGUUUCAAGGCUUUUCGGUCAAUUAUUUUGGACUGGUGUCUCUCUGCACUCUCACUCUUCUUGCCUAUGAGCGCUACAAUGUGGUGUGUAAGCCUAAAGCUGGUUUAAAGUUAAGCAUGCGGAGAAGCAUUAUCGGGCUGCUGUUUGUCUGGAUCUUCUGCUUGUUUUGGGCUGUUACUCCAUUAUUUGGAUGGAGCUCCUACGGACCUGAGGGAGUCCAGACUUCAUGCUCUCUGGCCUGGGAAGAGAGAUCAUGGAGCAACUACAGCUAUCUCAUCUUCUACACACUCCUCUGCUUCCUUCUCCCAGUUGCAAUCAUUAUCUACUGCUACUUCAAAGUGCUGAGAUCCAUGAAUAAGCUGAACAGGAGUGUGGAGCUCCAAGGGGGGCGUUGCAGCAAGAAAGAGAAUAAUCACGCCAUUAGGAUGGUCCUGGCCAUGAUUAUAGCAUUUUUUGUUUGCUGGCUGCCCUACACGGCGUUGUCAGUGGUUGUAGUUGUGGAUCCAGAGCUGUACAUCCCUCCACUGGUAGCCACCAUGCCGAUGUACUUUGCUAAGACCAGCCCUGUGUACAACCCCAUCAUCUACUUUCUUUCCAACAAACAGUUCCGUGACUGUGCUCUGGAGGUGUUGUCAUGCGGCCGCUACAUUCCCCACGAGCCCAGAAGUGUCAGCAUCCUCAUGCGGCCCUUAAACAAGGGGAGUCGUCUGUCUUCACUAAGCAGGAACGUCAACAUGCACAGCAAGGUGUUGCCUCUGUGACUUUCAGCCUGCAAAAACAUAGGAGCUGCCAGCGUUUAUUGGUGCCUCAUCAAGCACACGGGCCGGAACAUCCACAGGCUUUUGUUUUUCACAAAGGUCUAUACUGUUGCUCAGUGAGAAUAGAAUCAGCCAAAAGACUGAUUGUCAAUAUUCAGAAGGUGGAUGAAAUAACAGAGGCGCUUUAGAAUGUGCAAAAAUGCAAUCCAAUAUAAUAUAAUUGAAUAAAUGCUUAUUUUGUUCCCUUUUUGUUUUGUAUCUCUUUUUGAGAUUAGUUUGUUUUGGCCUUCAUUGUGUUUCUGUAGUCUUUGUCCAUGCAUUUUACCCUGGAACAAUAAGACUAUUCAAUAAGACAGUUUUAUUUCUGUGGAUUAUUUUAGACCAGUCAACUUCUAAUUUUUUUCAUAUUGAUGCUUGAAGGUGUAUGGAUGUAGGGAACUACACAAAAAGAAGGGAGAACUUGAAAGGACUGAAUGAACAGAAUGUUUUGUGAGAAAUGUUGCAUGGUUUCCAUUUGUCUCCAGUUUUAACAGGGUUAGACAAGUCAUACACAACCAGACUGCAGAGAGGCUGUAAAGAAGUGAAGCCUUGGACACUUGACUUUUUGUUCCUAAAUAAAGACCUGUGUUCAAGUAGUGUGGGAAGAUGUUUCCUCACUUCUGAAAGUUAGAGAUUUAACAUUUCCAGGGUGUUGGGUAAUGAAAUAUCGAUUUGUAUAUACAGUAGACCGUGCACUCGCUUUAUAUUACAUUAUUAUAUAAGAUAUAUUGCACAGCAUUUAUUCCUAUGUAAUAUUAUUAUGCAAAAAAAUGUAAUUAAAGUCAACAGUAGCCAGCUCCAUCGUCAAAUCAAUACUGUUUGUUGUGGAUUAUGCAAUAAGUCCUGCCUUUUUCUCAAUUCUUACACUUUACAGACGUCGGCUGCACAAAACACUGCUGCAGUGUAUAGGCAUAAUUUUACUCAAAAGCACCUGUGUGAAUAUACAAUGUACUCAGUACAGUUGUUUUGGGGGUUUUUUUUUGGCUGCAAUGGCAACAUAAUAUAGAAAAAUCAGUUCCUCACUACUCUUAAAAUCACAUUAGGAAAACACAAGAAAUGUAGGUGCCCUUGUUAAGCAAGCUGCACUGCUUACCUUGUGCAUGUUUUUACAAAGGGGAGCCGAUCAGGCAGUAAAAGACUUUCAUUUUUCUUACUUCGCCUGCUCUGUGGUCUGGCAAUUUUUCAUUUGUAUUAUUUUGUAUUUUUCAUCUAAACAGCUCAGAGGGGCAUUAGACAGUUCAGAGAAGGAUAACAUAAUAACAUUGUCUCUGGGCCUGAUUCAAAUGCAGGACAUCAUCCCUCACAUGGCACAUGCCUGAACCCACAAUAAGUCACAAAGAUUAAUAUGCAUCACUGAAUAAAGAUGAGGCAAAACACGCAGCCAAGGAGAAUUUUUAGCUGGUGAGCUGGUAUAAACAAAUGGGAUAGUGAGUUUUAGUCAAUGAAUCAAACAAUCGUUCUUCAUUUUUUGUGAUUAAUGUGCUGUGUCUGAGUCUCUUGGUAUGAUCAGCUGGCCCUUUCAAUUUCUGAACAACAGAUCAGUCUCUCAGAGGUCAGAAUAAAAUCCAACCAUCCAGUGCCAGGCAUGAAAAACGAUUGCAAGCUUAAAGAAACAGUACAUGUUCUCUUUGACAUAUUGUAGUUUAACAGUGUUGUGAGAUAAGUCUGCUUUAAGACAGUAUUUGGUUUUACCUUUACAUUGUGCUCACAUGAGUAAUUUCUGUUACUGUAUCUGACAAGUCACUGUAAUACUAUAAAAUGAUCGACAUGUUUGCCCCAUUAGAUUGGUUUGGAAUUAGCAGUAAAAAUAAUUAGGAUUAAUCUGUUUUAAUGUGUAUUUUGUUCCCAUUCUAUCCAUUUGGCACACUUAGUGUAAAUACUGUAAAUGAGAAUCUGCUU